GGUUAGUGUUAAAGCAAUAGCUCUAGUGGAUCAGGCUCACGGGAACAGGCGGGGUGGGGAGGGGAGAGUUUGGUACGAAUUGUCUCCAGUCGUCGCUCUCUUUCUCUUUUCCGCUCUCUCUUUGUCCCUCCUCCUCCUCCUUCCUCCCUCCUCCUCCCUCCCUACUCUAUCUGCAUGCAGCCGCUAUGACACACAACCACCUUGGCUUCACUUUCGUGUCCCUUUAACCCCUCGUGUCCUUGCCGAUGCUGCCGUGACACCCUCGUCGCCCCGCAGUCCCAGGUCUCCCCGAUUACUCCAGCACUCCCCUGUACAUCAGCGCGGAAAUGUCUGAUUCUUCUGCUGCAGGGGUACCGACAGCAAGCGCCGGCAGCGGCGCGGACAGCGAAACGCGGCAGCGGCACAGACCAGCGACUGAUGGGGAACGAGCCGAAGCUACAGCAAGUCCACCGCUCCCUUCGGGGGUCCUGGAUAAGUUGUUUGGGAAGAGGCUGGUGCAAGCUGGACGUAACAUCAUGUCUCACAAAUCCUGGAUGAAGACCGUACCCACGGAGAACUGUGACGUGCUAAUGACCUUUGCAGAUUCAACAGAUGACCACACGCUGCUAUGGCUGCUGAACCACAUACGGCUGGGAAUUCCAGAGCUCAUCAUCCAGAUUCGGCACCACAAACACACACGUGUCUACGCUUUCUUUGUCACGGCUACGUAUGAAAAUUUGCUGCGGGGUGCGGAGGAUGUGGGACUGUGUAAGCCAGUGAAGCCAGAGUUCGGCGGAGGAACUCGUCGGUUCUCCUGUGAAGAGGAUUACAUCUACGAGAACAUAGAAAGUGAAAUAUGCUUUUUCACCUCACAGGAGCGGCAGAGCAUCAUCAAGUACUGGCUGGAAAAUCUGAGGGCCAAGCAUGGGGAGUCGCUUCACAACAUCCAUUUCCUGGAGGGACAGCCAAUCAUUUCAGAGUUGACCACCAGGGGCGUCAUUCAACAGGUCUUCCCUCUUCACGAACAGCGAAUCCUCAGUCAGCUCAUGAAGUCGUGGGUGCAGGCCGUCUGUGAGAAGCAACCUCUAGAUGACAUUUGUGACUAUUUUGGGGUGAAGAUUGCCAUGUAUUUUGCCUGGUUAGGAUUCUACACCACGUCUAUGCUGUACCCUGCAGUCAUCGGGUUCGUCCUAUGGAUGUUGACCGAGUCUGACCAGACAAGUCGGGAUAUCUGCUGUGUGGUCUUUGCACUCUUCAAUGUAGUCUGGGCCACUCUGUUCCUGGAGCGAUGGAAGCGCAGAGGGGCUGAACUCGCCUAUAAAUGGGGGACGCUGGACACCCCUGCUGAGCUUUUGGAAGAGCCUCGUCCUCAGUAUCGGGGAGUGAAGAGGUUAAGCCCGGUGACUGGCUGUGAAGAGUUUUAUUACCCCCCCUGGAAGCGGAUGCUAUUCCAGUAUCUCGUCAGCCUCCCUGUCUGUCUGUUCUGCGUGACCUUUGUCUUCCUUGCCAUGCUCAUCUGUUUUGAGCUACAGGAGUUUGUAAUGGGGAUUAAAGAGCUUCCGCGCAUUGCCCGGUUUAUUCCCAAAAUCAUGUUGGCUAUCACUGUGACUGCCUGCGAUGAGGUCUACAAGAAGAUUGCCUACUGGCUCAAUGAUAUGGAGAACUACAGACUCCAGAGUGCCUAUGAGAAAAACCUCAUCAUUAAAAUGGUUCUGUUUCAGUUUGUAAAUUCUUAUCUUAGCCUUUUUUACAUUGGUUUCUACCUCAAAGAUAUGGAGCGACUGAAAGAGCUCCUGCUCAUUUUCUCCCUGUCUCAGAGCAUCCUGCGGCAGAUUAAAGACGCCCUGCUCCCCUACAUCCUCCUCAAAAUCCAGCUCGUCGUCAUCUACCUCAAGCGUGACCUGGCUCCCCGGGUCUGGUUGAAAAUGCUGGCCACUCUGCUGAUAAUCCGUCAGUUUCUUCAGAACGUCAAGGAGGUGCUCCAGCCGUACUUGUACGAGAGACACAAGCUGGGGGAACUCACUGUGAAGGUGGUAUGGGAGCUCCUCAUCUCCUAUGUGCUUAAAUGUGGCCGUUCGGCUCUAGGAAAGGCCCAGGCUUCGUCUGCAGAGCAGGCUCACCAGGGUCAAGGCAGCAGGGACCCAAAUGCAGAAAGUGACAAAAGAGAGAAGAAGUGUCUGAAUGGAGGCUGUGGAGUACCAGAAGAAGAGGAAGAGGAGGAGAGGCAAAGUGAAGAAGAAAACGAAGAAGAGAGCCUCAUUGACUGCGGCUUGAAACUUCGUAAAGUGAGCUUCAUCGAGAAGGUGGAACGGAAGACAGGGUCCAUCAUAAGCCAGGUGAACGACAGUUUUCUGGAGGAAGGUAGCCCUACGAUGGUUGAGAAAGGAAUGGACCCAGCUGCAGUGUUUGAGAUGUGCGACGACGAUGAGAAUGAGGGUCUCGAUAGCAAGGAAGUCCCUAGCGAGAUACUGAGGGCUUCGUUACCGGCGGACGUCGAGUCCACCAUGAUACUCCGACAGCAGAAGACCAGGCACACCUCUCACAAGGAAGAAACCAAAGCCAAGAGAGACUCCUGGAUAGAUCCUCCAGAGGAAAAGUUCUCAAGUCACCUCACCCAAGCUGAGGUUGAAAGCUGCAUGAAGAAAUAUGAGGAUACAUUCCAAGACUAUCAGGAGAUGUUCAUCCAGUUUGGCUACGUCGUCCUCUUUUCAUCUGCCUUCCCUCUAGCGGCCAUGUGUGCGCUGAUCAACAACAUCAUUGAAAUUCGCAGCGAUGCUUUUAAACUCUGCACUGGCCUACAGAGGCCGUUUGGCCAGAGGGUUGAAAGCAUUGGUCAAUGGCAGAAUGUAAUGGAGGCUAUGGGUGUGAUCGCAAUAAUUGUAAACUGCUACUUGAUUGGCCAGUGUGGACAGCUUCAACGCUUGUUUCCAUGGCUGAGUCCAGAAAUGGCAAUUAUUUCCAUUGUCAUCCUAGAGCACUUUGCACUUCUUCUCAAAUACGUCAUCCACAUCGCAAUUCCAGACAUCCCCGCCUGGGUGGCCGAUGAAAUGGCGAAGCUCGAGUACCAGCGCCGAGAGGCUUUCAAGAAACACGAGCGACAGGCUCAACAACACUACCAGCAACAGCAACGGAGGAAAAGGGAGGAAGAAGAACGUCAGAGACAGGCAGAAUACCAGGCGAGACGGGACAGAGAGAAAGACGAAGGGAAGUCGGACUCUUCCGGACACGGAGACCAUCACCACCAUGACAAGAGCCACGGUGGAAAAUCCAGAUCUGGAGGCAGCACAGGAAGUGCAUCCCAGGUCUCGGAUAAACCAAAAAGACCCAGUUCUCUACUGGCCACAAACAAUGUGAUGAAGCUCAAACAGAUUAUCCCACUGCAGAACAAGUUCAACUCCGGGACAGCACGUUCUCCGCAGUCGCCCACUGGAAGUGAACCCAAGUUGCCCGGAUUCCUCAGCUUUAAGUUCCUUAAAUCGCCAGAAACAAAGAAGGAAGGCACGACAGCUUCAAACCAGGAGAAGGUUCAAUCUCCAACCAAACCCUUCAAUCCAGGGAAACUUUUCAACUUCAGCAAGUCCGAAGGGAAUUCGACAGUCUGUGCCAAUGGAGCCCAGGCCAGACCGACAGAUGGAAUUGCAGAAAAACUGCCAAGUAAAUCAGAUCUUAACGGGGCUCCUGAGGAAAUGCCCUCUACGGAUUCAGAACCUGCCAAUGACACAGAACCCGAAUCAACAGGUUCUAAAAAUCACGUCUGAAACAGAUUUUAAUGAGACAAAAAACUGCGGAAAAAAAACAAGGUAAUAAGAUCAGAGCUAAUACUGGAUUUCCCCUUUCUUAUUAAAAAAAAAAAAAAAUCAAUAAAUCAGCUCUCAUCAUCAGGUGGGCUGCUUGGUUAAGGGUCCGAGUGUGACUCGGAGAAAGAGAAGCGACCAGCAGUAAAAUGAGAAAGACCAUUGGGUAGGCAGAGAAACUAAAGGCUCCCUCUCUUCCUCUGAAUUAUUUAUAAGGAUGCAUGAGCUGUAAUUCUUACACAAUUUUAAAGCCUUUACGAAACAAAAAAAACAAAAAAAAAUUAGAUUGUAUUAUUCUGUAGAUGACAAGGUGCUAGAAAUGCUGUGUGAUAGAAAUUCUGAUCCGACUGAAAAUGUUGAUGGCAUAUCAAACACACACACAACUGCUACGUAAGAUUUCUUAUCAAAGAAAAUACAAAAUUUGUUAACGUUUUAAAUUUGUAAAUUAAAACUGAAGUGUAAUUUCCACUAAAAAAAAAAAGACGCACAUGUGCGACAAAGUUUGUAUAAGUUCAGAUUAGCAGAUUUUUAACUUUUAAUACGCAGGGUUCUAUAUUUCUUUGAAUACCCGCCUUCUUUUGGCUGCACGUUUUAUCGUUACGAAAAUGUAAAUAUAUACAAAGAGCCAGUUAUCACUUUUUUUUUUUGACUAAAAUUAAAAGAUGUCUGGUCCUCUACUACUAGAAAAUUUUGAUUUAGUUUGGGUCGUCCAAGGUAAUAACCGGCUGAGAACAACGAUAAAUGUUGGGGGCGUCAACCCGGUUGUCCCUGCUUACUUCAAACGAAAAAGAAAAAGAAAACUGGGCUCAAUGGCGCGAUUACAGAGAUAAAUGUCGCCCUCUGGUGUUCUAACAGAAAAGUGCUGCCUAUCAUGGCUUCUUGUUACCACUGAAAGGCACUCCGUCCCUCCAGCUCUCUUGUUAACAAGUGACGCCUCCUUCUGGGCGGCUGGGCUUUUAUGCUCAUUGGUGGGACAGAAAGGGGGGUGGAGUCAGUUGCCCUGACUGGGUGGUUUUUAGGUAGUGUGGAGGUAAAUGAAGACGACACAAUUAGCAGCAACACCCUACUCGACCUGCAGUGGCACUGCAAACCUGGAAGGGGACUCUCUGACAUGUGCGCAUGACAGUAGUUAUAGACGGACACAACAUAGAAAUUCCAAACCAUUCGUGUCCGUUUGUUAUUUAGUCCAAAAAUGACAUACUACGAUUACGGUUAUUGCAAAAUAUCGACGCACGUUUGAGGUUACCGUAAUUGUGAAAUGUUUGAUAUAUCUCAACUGCUAUUAAAGUACAGAAUAUUGCACCCCAAAUGCAAGUAUAUGAAAAAGUAAUCACUGAGCGUACAGAAGUUCUACUUAUACUGUUAGGAAAAUGAGCAGAGAUAUUUUUAGAACUGACUGGAUGCAAAGAAGUAAGUAAGGGCGAAACCAGAAAUUCAGAAAAAUAAUAACAGAAAUAUAAACUUGAGGCAAAAAUGAUUAUCAGAACUACGGGCAAAGAGCAAAACCAGAACACUAAGACAGGUUAUUUUUUAGAGAUCAAAGCUGAAGGAAAAAAAUAAGUUUUGGAAUCCGUAAACUCGGACAAGAAACUAACCUUUCGAAGCGACUUUUUAAUUGUUCAGCGGUCCUAAUAUCCAAAAGUACACCUCUGGAAACACCAGGGUAACCCAAGUUACAGAAACGCAAGAUUAACGCCAACCAUAACUAAACACAAUGUAGGCGAAAACGGUACAAAUAAAUGAACACAGUAGAAAAUAUUCUUACGUGAAUAAAAAAAUGAAAGAAAUGUAAUCUACAGGCUGAAAUGAACAAAACGUUUUGAGUGUCCAACCUCUAAAAACAAUCGAGGGGAAGGCAGAAUUUGUUUUAAUUAUUGGCCCAAUUUUAUCAACCAGUUGACUAACGUCAGAAGUAUCGAGUCGAUCGAACCGUACUAAUUAUGCAACAAGUUUUUCAAAACCAAAAUAUUCUGCAUUAAAGGAAUACUCCACCCAAAAAUUCUAUUUUUUAUGUUACUUACCCUAUUGAGUUUGUAGCGAAUGACGAGAAAAAUUUUGGAGAACAGACACGUCAAAGUGUCUGAUAAGACGGGACCCAAUGUUGACGAACGCUGGACAUAAUACCAAAAACAAUCGAUGGAAAAACCUCUCGUGUUGCAUAAUCCACAUGUCCAGUUAUCCAGCCAUAUGCUCACAACAUGCAAAAUGCAUGUAUGUGUUUUACUAAAAUAUUGUUCAAAAAUUAACUCUGGAAAAUAAAUUCACACGGGAUUAGAGUUUUGAAUUGAAGAAAGGACUCUUGACUAGUGUGGAUUGGUGAAAUUUGCCAAUAUGGACAUUAAUGGUCACCAUUGAGUUUGGUACUAUAAAAAAUAAAGUUAUGUCCAUUCUCAGUGAAAACAUAAUAUAAAGUUUUUUUUUAGCCAUCAAUACAAACUACAUGUGAUAUGUAGCAUAUAAAAAAGAUCAUUUUUGGAUGGAAUUAAGAAAAAGAGGCCAUAGUGAAACAAUCACAAGAAAAUAACAAAAACACAGAUGUAAGUAUUCCCGUUCAUAAAUAGUUAUGAAAAUCUGUAUAUAUAAAAUACUAAUGUCUCCCACGCGAUUACUCGUGAACUAAUUGGACUAGAUCCUUGAUCUUGUUUUUAAUUAAAUGCUUUAUGACCUGACAUGUUCUGGAAAUGAAAAAAAAUGUAGAUGGCACAAUGUGGUCCUGUGGGGCAGCCCAUCCAGAGACAAUCCCCAGAACACGAAAUUUCUAUGUGUUCAGAAUUCAUAAUCAUAAUGUUUGUAAGCAAUGGGUGGAAAGCUUGCUGUUGUUUAUAGCUGAUGUGCCCGGAUAUGGGAAUGACAGCUGAGGAUGCAGCAAGGAAAUUUUGGGGAGCCAACCGGGUCAUCGCUUUGUUGUCCGAAACCAUACAAACCAUAAAGCAAACAAAAUAACGCUGUUUGGCGUGCGUCUCUUCAACAGGAAUUUCACAGUAAGCAGGCGGUGCAGUCACUGCUAGAGGAGCUUCGUCCGGGGAGUUGCUUUGGCCAGUUUUGAUGCCACCUCCUUCCGGGAUGGCCAGGGUUUUAUGGCAGCAGGACCGAAAGGGGCGGGGUUUAAUGUCUUUUCGGCACUGCAGGAAAAGAAGGAGAUGACGGCAUUAGUGGCAGCACCGCCUCGUCUAGGUGGGGUUUAUAUAUUCCUUGACUGAGCCUGCCAAGGAGGUCCUCCGAUGUUCAUGCAUGACACUAGUCAUUUUGUAGCAUUUUAUUUUAGGACCAUAGGUCUGCGUAUUUCAUUAGUAUUAAGCAAAGUAUAUUAAUUACCCAUACUCAAUGAAAACCUGCUCAAUUUUGUACAAAACUAAAAGCAUCCUAAAAAGUAGGAACUAGAACGCCAACGUGGCUCUCAAAACCUGAUACACACUCUCAAGUUGAUUUUAAGUAAUGCGGUAAAAGAGUCAUUCAUUAUUACCAUCCGUCGAUCAGAUGUUCACAAAUGAGGAAUAUCUCCAAUAAGCUCUCCAUUUUAACUAAAGAGAAUAGCAAAACGAAGAUGACACUCUCACAGUCUUGGACUAGAAAACUUUCAGAGAGGGCAUCACGUACGAUGGUGGCAGUCGCUCGUAAAAGCUGAUACCAAGCGGUAGCUAACUGUUAAUUCAAACACGACAUUUUGCUUGCAUAUGCACAGAAAUCAUCAACAUUGUCAAUGGGCAGAUUUCUAUACCAAUCAGCCAAAUCUGAAUCUAUGAGUUGAAAUAGCAAAAAGGCACCUUGAGGCUUUCUUUUCUAACUAAAUCCUAUUCACCAAAUGUAAUAGAAUUACUCCUCGCGUGGCUUUUCUCGAGCCCCUGGGAUGUGGAUUUGUGGGUAGAUCUGCAUUAGUUCAAGGGAAGAAGUAAAACAUUAACAUCAUUUUUAGAUUAUAGAUUUUAGAUAUAAAGAAUGAAAAAGUUAUUCAACUAUGAUUUCAUAAAUUAGCUAAAUGCGAAUGACCUGGACGAGGUUACAAGGACUUCAGAAAAUGAACUUCUUUCUGAAUGCAUUUCUGUUGUAAAUACAAGGGGCGGUGGUACCGAGGAGGAAUUCUGUUGCAGUUUUCUUUUCAGUUGCAAAGACAAGUCAGAUAGCAGGAUUACAUUUCCAUGCAUGGCUCGAGAAAACAAAAAAAAAAAAAUGAUUGAAAAUAAGUUUGCACUAAACUCCCUGAUCCCCAGCACUGGGGAGGAAAUCUCGACUGAGAGACGAUCCAGUUAGGGAAAUGGGAGAAACCAGCCUGCCUCAUAAUGUAUGCAAAAGCUGGAUUUCUUUCUUUGUUUCAUUGAUAAAUGUUUGUCAUUCGUUUUCUUAGGAUUUUACAUUUUGGUGCUGGUCUUUACUCAUUAAUUGAUUACCAGAUUCUUUUUUUUUCGGCCAUGUUGUUUCCCGUAAAGUUAUUUCUUGAAAAUAUCAUUUGCCAAAGCAACAUCCAAGUUGAGGAAACUAGCAUGUAGGACAGGGCAAUUAAAGUGACAAAUCUGAUUGUGUGACUUGGUGGGGACGACAGUUUGAGCGAUUCUCCAUUCUUCUAUAGUUCGAGCGAUCUCUGGACUUCUACAAUUCGAACAAUCUCCGGACUUCUACAGGUCAAGUGAUCUCCGGACUUCUACAGGUCGAGUGAUCUCCAGACUUCUUUAGGUCGAGUGAUCUCUGGACUUCUACAGUUUGAACGAUUCUCCGGACUUCUAUAGUGCAUGCAAUCUCUAGACUUCUACAGAUCGAGCGAUCUCUGGACUUCUAAAGGUCGAGCGAUCUCCAGACUUCUAUAGAUCGAGCGAUUCUCCAGACUUCUACAGGUCAAGUGAUCUCUGGACUUCUACAGCUCGAGCGAUCUCUGGACUUCUACAGGUCGAGCGAUCUCUGGACUUCUACAGGUCGAGCGAUUUCUGAACUUCUACAGGUCAAAUGAUUUCUGGACUUCUACAGUUUGAACGAUUCUCCGGAGUUCUAUAGUUUGAGUGAUCUCUGGACUUCUACAAGUCGAGCGAUCUCUGGACUUCUACAGGUCGAGCGAUUUCUGAACUUCUACAGGUCGAGUGAUUUCUGAACUUCUACAGUUUGAACGAUUUUCCGGAGUUCUAUAGUUUGAGUGAUCUCUGGACUUCUACAGGUCGAGUGAUCUCCAGACUUCUACAGUUCAAGCAAUCUCCUUGCCUGGUAUUAAGCAGCUUUAUCAGAAGUCUUACAAGCACGUAACAUGAAAAAAGAACAGGACAACAUGUUCUCAGGUGAAUAACGAAAAGAUUUGACAGACGUUGUAAUUGGCCAACAAGUGGAAGUUUGGAGGCUUCGUAAUAUGUGGUGAAUGAACUGCCGUGAACAGCAACAUAAAAGAGUCCCAAAUGCAAUGACUAUUUGCUGUCAGCAUUACGUCUGGCUAGAAUACAGCGGCGACAUUCCAAAUGUAGCCUCGUCUUUAUCCUCACAAGUUUGGGUGGAGCAUGCAAAAGAAACAGUAGGCCCUUCAGCUUGUUGAAGGUUUAAUAGGACUGGGACGUCGAUAACCCCCCUCCACUAACCCACCCCAACCAAGAAUGCAGAAUCUUCUAAAUCAGCAGGUAACAAUGUAAGAACUGUGAAGAUAACGCAAGACAAAGAAACAGCCAAUUCUAGCAAAGGGGGUAUGAAUUUAUUUUCACUAAAGACAAAUUGGAUAGAAAUCUCACCCUGACUUUUCUUUACCACCAAUGGUUGGGCUGAUCAUGUGACACAAUGGCUAUGAUUCGUGACUCUUUUUUAAGCAUGUUACAUUUUUUUUCUAUUCAAAUUUGCAACCCUAGUGCAGGAUAUAUAGCAGUACAUUUUAAAACACUGGCCUUCUUGAACUGUUUCUCAUUGAACAUUACGAUUCCGUAUCGCUUGAACACCAUACGUUUGUACUUGAAUUAACUCUUAAUAUGCAAUAGUCACAGACAAACACACACACACACACACAAAAACAUGUAAGCAACAAGCAUAUGAUGAAAAGCAAUAUUUAGAAGUGAAAAAAGAAGGAAAACGCAACAAACGCUGCUAGCAUGUUGUCUGCAUUGCCUUACCGUUACCCCAUCAAAUGAGCACUCGCUCCCUGCCUGAUUAAAAGUUUUUAUGCUGUUGUUUCACUGGAUUAAAAAACUUAAAUGCCGGCAUGUGCACAUGACUUAAAACAGCCUGAGCAGAUCAACCACGGAGCAGGUGUGAACCGAUUUAAGAAAUUCUACGUAAUAGGAAAGCUGGGGGAAUCCUAAUGCCAGCCACAAUUUAUAUCAAGUUGUGGAGACUGAAUUGUACGAUUAAAUGUUUCAAAAUAGAA